AUGUUUGGUUUGAGAAAAUCACCUGCAAAGCUUCCCAAGCAAAACUCAGCUGAUCCUGGAUUUCACAAGUCUUCCAAGCCGAAUCCGUUUGAUUCAGAUGAUGAAUCGGACUACAAACGCAACACCCUUAACCCCUCCAAGAGAACUGCCUCUGAACCCGCUUUGGCUGAUAUGACCAACCCUUUUGGUGGUGAGGAGCUUGAGAAAGGAUAUAGUUCAUCAUCGAAACAGCCGUUGAAUUCAAACUCAAGAUACCAGUACAAGAACGAUUUCCGCGAUUCAGGAGGUGUUGAAAACCAGUCUGUUCAGGAGCUUGAGGAUUAUGCUGUGUACAAGGCUGAAGAAACGACCAAAUCUGUACAUGGUUGUCUCAAGGUAGCAGAAGAUAUAAGGUCAGAUGCUACCAGAACUUUGGUCAUGUUGCACGAACAGGGCGAGCAAAUCACGAGGACACACAAUAAAGCUGUUGAAAUCGAUCAUGAUCUCAGUCGAGGUGAGAAGCUUCUUGGAAGCCUUGGAGGCAUGUUUUCAAAGACUUGGAAGCCAAAGAAGACUCAUGCUAUAAAUGGUCCCGUCAUAACCAGAGAUCACUCACCGACGAGAAGAGUAAACCACUUAGAGAAAAGGGAGAAAUUGGGACUGAGCCCAGCACCAAAAGCACAAUCAAGAACCCGAGAACCGCUCCCUGAAUCAGCUGAUGCCUAUCAGAGAGUGGAGAUGGAAAAAGCUAAGCAAGACGAUGGGCUUUCAGAUUUGAGUGAUAUACUCGGCGAGCUAAAGAACAUGGCAGUUGACAUGGGAAGCGAAAUCGAAAAGCAGAACAAAGGACUUGAUCAUCUUCAUGAUGACGUCGACGAGCUCAACUACAGAGUGCAACAAUCAAACCAACGCGGACGCCGUUUGCUCGGGAAGUAG